UUAUUCUUUAUACUAGUGUUUCUCUUAUGUGUGUUAAAUAUGGAACAAAAUAAUCAUGAAGGAAGGGAACUGAGGUUGGAAUUAACAAUUUGUCCACAACGACGAUGGUCACAUAAUUUUUAUUAAGUGUAAGAUGAGAAAAAAAAUGAUCACUUUUUGGGACUCAUUCCAACAACCAGCUGCAACCUUGUCUUGAAUUGACUUGGAAAUGUUUUCUCAGUGAACAAAAUUAGCUUGACUGGUAAUCAAGUUCAGUUUUAUUUAUUGACUGAUUUACUUCUUAACUGUCACAUACAAUGUGCAGUUCUUAACGUUCAGUCAGAAUUCUUAUGAAGACAGGCAAAUUGAUAGCACAAGAACCUUUGGAUAUUUCUUGUUUCUUAAUAAUCAAGUCUUCCACUUAAGCAUUCUUAGUGGUAUUCCUUUAAAGAAUUGGCAAGGGAGCUUAUUGCCAAGAAUCUGUGCCUCCAACCACUGAAAAGUGCUUAAAUUAUCAAACGAAGCAGCACUAUCCAGCUCAUUGUGAGAAAGAAAUUAUAUUCCAUAAUUAAUGCUGUUGACCCUUUCAGUCUCUUGUAAUUCCUCAAGUUGCCUUGAAUUUAGUAAGCAUUGCUUUUUCCAUCAGUCACUUGAACACAAAGUAGAUGUUUUGCUCAUGCAAAACUUUAUUGGGUUCUUUGUGAAAGGCUCUCUUGCCUCUGCAGUGUUGUUAGUCUGGCUUGAUAGAGCAGUUUUUGAUUGGCUAUAAUGAGGAAAAUUACACUGUGUAUUGUAUAUAGCUUUCUUUUAAUUCAAAGUUCAUAUACUUGGAUUAUCAAAGAAUCCUGCUCUGCGUGCCAGAAAUUUAAAACCAUUUGAAUUUCAUUUUUUGAAAAUAUUAUUUGGUACAUGUUUUUUUUCAGUGGCUGGACCAUACUUUGUUUUCCAUGUGCUUUUAGACUUGAUUUUUUGGUCAUUGUGUGUCAGUCAAAAACUGCUCUUUUCAGUAAUGAUUUAAGUAAGAACUGUUGAAUUCAUUUUACUUACUCCUAAACCCCUUUUCUUCAUUCAGCGGUGAUGGAAACUUCACUCAUCAACUGCACAAAAUAAAUACAAGAGUAUUUGUCUCAGUGUUGGUCGUUUAGAGAUACUGUAAUUCAAGUUUUAUUAUUGGUUCUAGUCCUGUGGAACAAAAUGUGGUCUCUAGCACGAUUUCAAGGCUAUGUAAUUUUUAAGAGAGGAUAUUUGAAUAAUUCAAGGAUUGAUAGCUGUUCAAAUUUUAAAACACUCAUUCAAGUGUUAUCCUCAAAAGCAACUUGCAUUCUUGAAUGUUUUGUGUAGGUUUUUGAUCAGCAAUUUAUACACCUGUAUGCACAGGGACCCUUUACAGUGGUCAAUUUUCUGAACCACAGAGUUGGAUUUUAAUCAUAAAAAAAAAAACAAACAAACAAAAAAGGUCGUACUCCCUAUAAGAAAGAGACAACACAUUCUACUAUUAUACUAAGAUAAAUUCCUCCAGUCAAAAAAAUUAGUCAAUUUCCAAAAAGAAAAAGAAUUUUGGAAAAGAAAACUUUCCUCAAAGUGUGAGGAAAGGUUAUUGAAAGUUCAUACUUGUAGAUUGUAGAAUACACAGUAAAUACUUAAAAUAAGAUGAACAAAGCCAGUACUGAUACUACACAGUGGUCGAUUACUGACCUCUGAAGAAUUUUUAAAUAGGAGAAGUGCUUGAGUUUAUCAACUAACUCGAUGCCAUGCCAAGAUGCGACGUCAGUGAGUCAUCUCAAGACUAGCCACUGGGUGGCAAAACACCCGAUCCAUCCCAUAUGAAAAAUGUGAGGACCUACCAGGACAUUAUUCAAGAAACAAAUCUUCAGAAAGAACAGGCGGAAAUCUUUCGUCAUCUCAAGGACCAAGCAGCUUCAGGGGAACUGCAAAGAGCUCAACCAGCUGCGGCAUCAAAACCAGAGAAGAAGCGUCGUAGAUGGGAUCAGCAGGCUUCUGGUGAUGAAACUCCAGCCAAGAAAAAGUCCAGCAGUUGGGAUCAGGCAGAGAUGGCAACUCCUUCUGCCAGUCGCUGGGAUGAAACUCCUGGACGUGUAAAAGGCUCAGAAACACCAGGUGUUACCCCCCACAGACCUGGUUCUGAAACACCAGGAGCCACCCCUAGUACAAGGAUAUGGGAAGCUACACCCAGCCAUGUGACCCCUGGACAUGCUACACCUGGACAUGCCACUCCUGGCGGCAAUACCACACCAGGUAUUUCAUCGACAAGGAGAAAUCGCUGGGAUGAAACUCCCAAGACAGAAAGAGGUGAGACCCCAGGUCAUGCCACUCCAGGCUGGGCAGAAACUCCCAGAACAGAUCGCACUGGUGCCGAGACACCGGGGGCCACACCUACUCCAGGAAGUAAGCGGCGCUCUCGAUGGGAUGAGACACCUGCCAGUCAAAUGGGUGGCACUACUCCCAUGAUUGGUACCAGUGGGGUGACACCAGCUGGACCUGCAGCCAUGCAGAUGCAGACACCUACCCCAGGACAAAUGGCCAUGACACCUGAACAGAUGCAGGCAUAUCGCUGGGAGAGGGAAAUUGAUGAAAGGAACAGGUACCUUUCUGAUGAUGAACUGGAUUCAUUUUUCCCCAAAGAGGGAUACAAGAUUCUUGAGCCACCUCCAGGGUAUCAGCCUAUCAGAACUCCAAGCCGCAAACUGACUGCCACUCCCACACCUAUAGGGGGGAGUGGCUUCUUCAUCCAGCAAGAAGACAGAUCAGCCAAACUUGUUGAAGAUCAACCUCCUGGUAACCUGCCCUACUUGAAGCCAGAUGAUGUACAGUACUUUGAUAAGCUGCUGGUGGAUGUUGAUGAGAGCACUCUAAGCCCAGAGGAGUUGAAGGAAAGAAAGAUUAUGAAACUCUUACUGAAGAUUAAAAAUGGCACUCCACCCAUGAGGAAGGCUGCCUUGCGUCAAAUAACAGACAAAGCUCGUGAGUUUGGAGCUGGCCCCCUGUUCAACCAGAUCUUACCUCUCCUUAUGUCCCCUACCCUUGAAGAUCAGGAGCGUCAUUUGUUGGUGAAAGUCAUUGACAGAAUCCUGUACAAACUUGAUGACCUUGUGCGUCCAUUUGUCCACAAGAUUCUUGUGGUUAUUGAGCCAUUGUUGAUUGAUGAAGAUUACUAUGCAAGAGUGGAGGGACGUGAAAUUAUUUCCAACUUGGCUAAGGCUGCUGGUUUGGCAACGAUGAUCUCUACCAUGAGACCUGAUAUUGAUAACAUUGAUGAAUAUGUCCGUAACACAACAGCAAGAGCCUUUGCUGUUGUAGCUUCAGCUCUUGGCAUUCCUUCUUUGUUACCAUUCUUAAAGGCCGUAUGCCGCAGCAAGAAAUCAUGGCAGGCACGACACACUGGAAUCAAAAUUGUCCAGCAGAUAGCUAUUUUGAUGGGAUGUGCUAUCUUACCUCAUUUGAGAAACUUAGUGGAGAUUAUUGAACACGGUCUGGUUGAUGAACAGCAGAAGGUGCGAACUAUCACUGCUCUUGCCUUGGCUGCCCUGGCUGAAGCUGCUACACCCUAUGGUAUUGAGUCAUUUGAUAGUGUCCUGAAGCCCUUGUGGAAGGGUAUAAGACAGCACAGAGGAAAGGGGCUGGCUGCAUUUCUGAAAGCCAUUGGAUAUCUUAUUCCCCUCAUGGAUGCCGAGUAUGCCAACUACUAUACCAGAGAAGUUAUGCUGAUCUUGAUUCGUGAGUUUCAGAGUCCUGACGAAGAAAUGAAAAAGAUUGUCUUGAAGGUAGUGAAGCAGUGUUGUGCCACGGAUGGUGUAGAACCACAGUACAUCAAAGAUGAAAUCUUGCCAGAUUUCUUCAAACAUUUCUGGCAGCAUAGGAUGGCAUUGGAUAGGAGGAAUUACAGACAGCUUGUGGAUACAACCGUGGAGCUGGCCAACAAAGUUGGUGCAUCUGAGAUCAUCAACAGAAUAGUAGACGAUCUCAAAGAUGAAAAUGAACAAUACCGAAAAAUGGUCAUGGAAACAAUUGAAAAGACCAUGGGUAACCUGGGCUCAUCUGAUGUUGAUUCCCGCCUUGAGGAGCAGCUUAUCGACGGAAUCCUGUACGCCUUCCAGGAACAGACUCAGGAGGACAUUGUUAUGUUGAAUGGUUUCGGCACAGUGGUGAAUGCUCUUGGUAAGCGUGUCAAGCCAUACUUGCCCCAGAUCUGUGGUACAAUUUUGUGGAGAUUAAACAAUAAAUCGGCCAAGGUCAGACAACAGGCUGCUGAUCUUAUAUCAAGGAUUGCCCAAGUCAUGAUGACCUGUGGAGAGGAAAAGCUGAUGGGUCACUUGGGAGUAGUGUUGUACGAGUACCUUGGAGAAGAGUACCCCGAAGUACUGGGCAGUAUCUUGGGGGCCCUCAAGGCAAUUGUUAAUGUUAUUGGAAUGAACAAAAUGACUCCACCCAUCAAAGAUCUUUUGCCGAGACUCACACCCAUUCUCAAGAACAGGCACGAGAAGGUACAGGAGAACUGUAUCGACUUAGUUGGUAGGAUUGCAGACAGAGGAGCGGAACAUGUCGGGGCGCGUGAGUGGAUGAGAAUUUGUUUUGAGCUUCUUGAACUGCUGAAGGCCCACAAGAAAGCUAUUAGAAGAGCUACUGUCAACACGUUUGGUUACAUCGCCAAGGCAAUCGGUCCUCAAGAUGUACUCGCUACUCUGCUCAACAACUUGAAAGUUCAGGAACGACAGAAUCGAGUGUGCACCACUGUAGCUAUCGCCAUUGUUGCCGAGACGUGCUCGCCAUUCACAGUCCUGCCAGCCCUCAUGAACGAAUACCGUGUCCCAGAGCUUAACGUACAAAAUGGCGUACUGAAGUCACUGUCGUUCUUGUUUGAAUACAUUGGAGAAAUGGGAAAAGAUUACAUCUAUGCUGUGACGCCUCUACUGGAGGAUGCUCUCAUGGACAGAGAUCUGGUCCAUCGCCAAACAGCGUGUGCUGCCAUAAAGCACAUGGCCCUGGGAGUAUCCGGCUUUGGCUGUGAAGACGCCCUCACUCACCUUAUCAAUUACGUAUGGCCCAACAUCUUUGAGACGUCGCCCCAUGUCGUAAACGCUGUAAUGGAGUCCAUUGAAGGCAUGAGAGUGGCUUUAGGACCAUCUAAAGUACUUCAAUAUUGUUUACAGGGAAUGUUUCAUCCGGCGCGAAAAGUUCGAGAUGUCUACUGGAAGAUUUACAACAGCUUGUACAUUGGGUCUCAGGAUGCUCUAGUAGCAGCAUAUCCCACAGCACCCAGUGAUGAAAAGAACCAUUUCUCAAGAUCAGAAUUAUCUUAUUUCCUCUGAUCUAAGGAGAAUAUCCAAGCAAUGGCUCUGCGCCGAACAUCUUUAGCCAUAGCAUCGUCAUUCGUUCAGUAAUUUAAUAUUUUAGCCUUUCUAGAAAGCGUGCAAGUGCCAUGCUGUACGUAACAGAACUUGAAGAUUUUCUUUUUUGAUUAGUUUUUUUGUUGUUGUUGUUGUCAUUGGGGCCUGAACCUAGAAUGACGCACAUCAAAUCAGUCUAUUUAACUAAGAAAUUUCAAACUUCAACUUACUAAAAAGACGCAAAAAAGCUGAAGAUGGUAUUUCGUUAGUGUAGAACCAUUGAGUAAACGUUAUACGAACUCUGAACUCUCUCUUUGCGAUGAAGUAGUCGUUAUUUUGCGACCUAUUGAUAAAUUUUAGACGCAAAAAUUUUAAUCGAAAGUGCUGCUGUGCUGGUCGCAAUUUCGAGAACUCUAUGUAAAGGUGUGAGAUGGUAAUCAGUCUAAAUUGUUAUAAACUGAACGCGGCUUUUGACUUAUUAUUUUCGUGAUAAGUUUGCUCAGGAUAAUUUUCAAGAGAAGUAGAUUUGUGAUUUAUGUAAGCUGAACUGCGAUUGAACGCAAUGAAGGGUGAAACUUGU